AUGGACGUGCACGUCAACGUGGACGUGGUCAUGGACGUGGACGUGGACGUGGACGUGGACGUAGACGUGGUCGUGGACAUGGACGUGGCCCUGGACAUGGACAUAGACGUGGACGUGGACGUGGACGUGGUCGUGGACGUGGACGUGGACGUGGACAUGGACGUGGACGUGGACGUGGACGUGGACAUGGACGUGGAAGUGGACGUGGACGUGGACAUGGACGUGGACGUGGACGUGGACGUGGACGUGGACAUGAACGUGGACAUGGAAGUGGACGUGGAUGUGGACGUAGAUAUGGACGUGGACGUGGACAUGGACGUGGACGUGGACGUGGACCUGGACGUGGACAUGGACGUGGACGUGGACGUGGACGUGGACGUGGAAAUGGACGUGGACGUGGACAUGGACGUGGACGUGGACAUGGUCGUGGACUUGGACCUGGACGUGGACGUGGACAUGGACGUGGACAUGGUGAUGGACGUGGACGUGGACGUGGACGUGGAGGUGGACAUGGACGUGGACGUGGACGUGGACGUGGACAUGGUCGUGGACAUGGACGUGGAAGUGGACGUGGUCGUGGUCGUGAACAUGGACGUGGAAGUGGACAUGGACCUGGACGUGGACGUGGACGUGGACGUCGACGUGGACAUGGACGUGGACGUGGAUGUGGACGUGGACGUGGACGUGGACAUGGACGUGGACGUGGACAUGGACGUGGACGUGGACGUGGACAUGGUCGUGGACAUGGACCUGGACAUGGACGUGGACGUGGACGUGGACAUGCACGUGGACGUGGACGUGGACAUGGACGUGGACGUGGACGUGGACGUCGACAUGGACGUGGACAUGGAUGUGGACGUGGACGUGGACGUGGACAUGGACGUGGACGUGGACGUGGACAUGGACCUGGACGUGGACGUGGACGUGGACGUGGACAUGGACGUGGACGUGGACGUGGACAUGGACGUGGACGUGGACGUGGACAUCGACGUGGACGUGGACGUGGACAUGGAUGUGGACGAGGACGUGGACGUGGAGGACUUGGACGUGGACAUGGACGUGGACGUGGACGUGGACGUGGACAUGGACCUGGACGUGGACGUGGACAUGGACGUGGACGUGGACGUGGACAUCGACGUGGACGUGGACGUGGACAUGGAUGUGGACGAGGACGUGGACGUGGAGGACUUGGACGUGGACAUGGACGUGGACGUGGACGUGGACGUGGACAUGGACGUGGACGUGGACAUGGACGUGGACGUGGAUGUGGACGUGGACGUGGACGUGGACGUGGACGUGGACGUGGACAUGGACAUGGACGUGGACGUGGACGUGGACGUGGACGUGGACAUGGACAUGGACGUGGAUGUGGACGUCGACAUGGACAUGGACGUGGACAUGGACAUGGACAUGGACGUGGACAUGGACAUGGACAUAGACGUGAACAUGGACAUGGACAUGGACAUGGACAUGGACGUGGACAUGGACAUGGACAUGGACAUGGACGUGGACGUGGACAUGGACAUGGACGUGGACGUGGACAUGGACAUGGGCGUAGACGUGGACAUGGAGGUGGACGUGGACGUGGACGUGGACAUGGACGUGGACGUGGACAUGGUCGUGGACAUGGACGUGGAAGUGGACGUGGUCGUGGUCGUGAACAUGGACGUGGAAGUGGACAUGGACCUGGACGUGGACGUGGACGUGGACGUCGACGUGGACAUGGACGUGGACGUGGAUGUGGACGUGGACGUGGACGUGGACAUGGACGUGGACGUGGACAUGGACGUGGACGUGGACGUGGACAUGGUCGUGGACAUGGACCUGGACAUGGACGUGGACGUGGACGUGGACAUGCACGUGGACGUGGACGUGGACAUGGACGUGGACGUGGACGUGGACGUCGACAUGGACGUGGACAUGGAUGUGGACGUGGACGUGGACGUGGACAUGGACGUGGACGUGGACGUGGACAUGGACCUGGACGUGGACGUGGACGUGGACGUGGACAUGGACGUGGACGUGGACGUGGACAUGGACGUGGACGUGGACGUGGACAUCGACGUGGACGUGGACGUGGACAUGGAUGUGGACGAGGACGUGGACGUGGAGGACUUGGACGUGGACAUGGACGUGGACGUGGACGUGGACAUGGACCUGGACGUGGACGUGGACAUGGACGUGGACGUGGACGUGGACAUCGACGUGGACGUGGACGUGGACAUGGAUGUGGACGAGGACGUGGACGUGGAGGACUUGGACGUGGACAUGGACGUGGACGUGGACGUGGACGUGGACAUGGACGUGGACGUGGACAUGGACGUGGACGUGGAUGUGGACGUGGACGUGGACGUGGACGUGGACGUGGACGUGGACAUGGACAUGGACGUGGACGUGGACGUGGACGUGGACGUGGACAUGGACAUGGACGUGGAUGUGGACGUCGACAUGGACAUGGACGUGGACAUGGACAUGGACAUGGACGUGGACAUGGACAUGGACAUAGACGUGAACAUGGACAUGGACAUGGACAUGGACAUGGACAUGGACGUGGACAUGGACAUGGACAUGGACAUGGACGUGGACGUGGACAUGGACAUGGACGUGGACGUGGACAUGGACAUGGGCGUAGACGUGGACAUGGAGGUGGACGUGGACGUGGACGUGGACAUGGACGUGGACGUGGACAUGGUCGUAGACAUGGACCUGGACGUGGACGUGGACGUAGACAUGGACGUGGACGUGGACGUGGACGUGGACGUGGACCUGGACAUGGACGUGGACGUGGACGUCGACGUGGACGUGGACGUGGACGUGGACGUGGACGUGGUCGUGGACAUGGACCUGGACGUGGACGUGGACAUGGACGUGGACAUGGUCGUGGACGUGGACGUAGACGUGGACGUGGACGUGGACAUGGUCGUGGACGUGGACGUGGAAGUGGACGUGGUCGUGGUCGUGGUCGUGGACAUGGACGUGGACGUGGACGUACACGUGGACGUGCACGUCGACGUGGACGUGGUCAUGGACGUGGACGUGGACGUGGACGUAGACGUGGUCGUGGACGUGGACGAGGACAUGGACAUGGACAUGGAAGUGGACGUCGACGUGGACGUGGACAUGGACGUGGACCUGGACAUGGACAUAGACGUGGACGUGGACGUGGACGUGGUCGUGGACGUGGACGUGGAGAUGGACGUGGACAUGGACGUGGACGUGGACAUGGACGUGGACGUGGACGUGGACAUGGACGUGGACGUGGACGUGGACGUGGACAUGGACGUGGACAUGGAAGUGGACGUGGACGUGGACGUGGAUAUGGACGUGGACGUGGACGUGGACGUCGACGUGGACGUGAACAUGGAAGUGGACGUGGACGUGGACAUGGACGUGGACAUGGACAUGGACGUGGACGUGGACGUGGACAUGGUCGUGGACGUGGACGUGGACGUGGACAUGGUCAUGGACGUGGACGUGGACGUGGACGUGGACAUGGACGUGGACGUGGACGUGGACAUGGUCGUGGACGUGGAAGUAGACGAGGUCGUGGUCGUGGUCGUGGACAUGGACGUGGACGUGGACGAAGACGUGGACGUCGACGUCGACGUGGACGUCGACGUGGACGUGGACGUCGACGUCGACGUGGACGUAGACAUAGACGUGGACGUGGACGAGGACGUGGACGUGGACAUAGACGUGUACAUGGAAGUGGACGUGGACGUGGACGUGGACAUGGAUGUGGACAUGGACAUGGACGUGGAUGUGGACGUGGACGUCGAUAUGGUCGAAGACGUGGACGUGGACGUGGACAUGGACGUGGACGUGGACGUCGACGUGGACAUGGACGUGGACGUGGACGUGGACGUGGACGUGAACAUGGACGUGGACGUGGACGUCGACAUGGACGUGGACAUGGACAUGGAUGUGGACGUGGACGUGGACGUGGACGUGGACAUGGACAUGGACAUGGACGUGGACGUGGUCGUGGACGUGGACGUGGUCGUGGACGUGGACGUGGACGUGGACGUGGACCUGGACGUGGACAUGGACGUGGACGUGGACGUGGACGUGGACGUGGAAAUGGACGUGGACGUGGACAUGGACGUGGACGUGGACGUGGACAUGGUCGUGGACGUGGACCUGGACGUGGACGUGGACAUGGACGUGGACAUGGUCAUGGACGUGGACGUGGACGUGGACGUGGACGUGGAGGUGGACAUGGACGUGGACGUGGACGUGGACGUGGACAUGGUCGUGGACGUGGACGUUGACAUGGACCUGGACGUGGACGUGGACAUGGACCUGGACGUGGACGUGGACGAGGACGUGGACAUGGACGUGGACGUGGACGUGGACGUGGACAUGGACGUGGACGUGGACGUGGACAUCGACGUGGACGUGGACGUGGACGUGGACGUGGACGUGGACGUGGACAUGGACGUGGACGUGGACGUGGACAUGGACCUGGACGUGGACGUGGAAGAGGACGUGGACAUGGACGUGGACGUGGACGUGGACGUGGACAUGGACGUGGACGUGGACGUGGACAUCGACGUGGACGUGGACGUGGACGUGGACAUGGAUGUGGAUGAGGACGUGGACGUGGAGGACUUGGACGUGGACAUGAACGUGGACGUGGACGUGGACGUGGACAUGGACGUGGACGUGGACAUGGACGUGGACGUAGACGUGGAUGUGGACGUGGACGUGGAUGUGGACGUGGACGUGGACGUGGACGUGGACGUGGACGUGGACGUGGACAUGGACAUGGACGUGGACGUGGACGUGGACGUGGACGUGGACAUGGACAUCGACGUGGACGUGGACGUGGACGUCGACAUGGACAUGGACGUGGACAUGGACAUGGACAUGGACGUGGACAUGGACAUGGACAUGGACGUGGACAUGGACAUGGACAUGGACAUGGACAUCGACAUGGACGUGGACAUGGACAUGGACAUGGACGUGGACGUGGACAUGGACAUGGACGUGGACGUGGACAUGGACAUGGGCGUGGAUGUGGACAUGGAGUUGGACGUGGACGUGGACGUGGACAUGGACGUGGACGUGGACAUGGUCGUAGACAUGGACCUGGACGUGGACGUGGACGUGGACGUGGACAUGGACGUGGACGUGGACGUGGACGUGGACGUGGACCUGGACAUGGACGUGGACGUGGACGUGGACGUCGACGUGGACGUGGACGUGGACGUGGACGUGGACGUGGUCGUGGACAUGGACCUGGACGUGGACGUGGACAUGGACGUGGACAUGGUCGUGGACGUGGACGUAGACGUGGACGUGGACGUGGACGUGGACAUGGUCGUGGACGUGGACGUGGAAGUGGACGUGGUCGUGGUCGUGGUCGUGGACAUGGACGUGGACGUGGACGUGGACGUGGACGUAGACAUGGUCGUGGACGUGGACGUGGUCGUGGACGUGGACGUGGACAUGGACAUGGACAUGGAAGUGGAUGUCGACGUGGACGUGGACAUGGACGUGGACCUGGACAUGGACAUAGACGUGGACGUGGACGUGGUCGUGGACGUGGACGUGGACGUGGACAUGGACGUGGACGUGGACGUGGACAUGGACGUGGACGUAGACGUGGACGUGGAGAUGGACGUGGACGUGGACGUGGACGUGGACAUGGACGUGGACAUGGAAGUGGACGUGGACGUGGACGUGGAUAUGGACGUGGACGUGGACGUGGACGUCGACGUGGACGUGAACAUGGAAGUGGACGUGGACGUGGACAUAAACGUGGACAUGGACAUGGACGUGGACGUGGACGUGGACAUGGACAUAGACGUGGUCGUCGACGUGGACGUGGACGUGGUCGUGGACGUGGACGUGGACGUCGACGUCGAGGUGGACAUGGACGUGGACGUGGACGUGCACGUGGACGUGGACGUCGACAUGGACGUGGACAUGGACGUGGACGUGGACGUGGACGUGGACAUGGUCGUGGACAUGGACCUGGACGUGGACGUGGACAUGGACGUGGACAUGGUCGUGGACGUGGACGUGGACGUGGAUGUGGACAUGGACGUGGACGUGGACGUGGACGUGGACGUGGACAUGGUCGUGGACGUGGACGUGGAAGUGGACGUGGUCGUGGUCGUGGUCGUGGACAUGGAUGUGGACGUGGACGUGGACGUGGACGUCGACGAGGACGUGGACGUGGACGUGGACGUGGACGUGGACGUAGACGUGGACGUGGACGUGGACGUGGACGUGGACAUAGACGUGGACAUGGAAGAGGACGUGGACGUGGACGUGGACAUGGACGUGGACAUGGACAUGGACGUGGACGUGGACGUGGACAUAAUGGACGUGGACGUGGACGUGGACAUGGACGUGGACGUGGACGUGGACAUGGAUGUCGACGUGGACGUGAACGUGGACAUGGACGUGGACGUGGACGUCGACGUCGACGUCGACGUGGACGUGGACGUGGACGUGGACAUGGAUGUGGUCGUGGUCGUGGACAUGGACGUGGACGUGGAUGUGCACGUGGACGUGCACGUCGACGUGGACGUGGUCGUGGACGUGGACGUGGACGUGGACGUAGACGUGGACGUGGACGUGGACGUGGACAUGAACGUGGACAUGGAAGUGGACGUGGACGUGGACGUGGACAUGGACGUGGACAUGGACAUGGACGUGGACGUGGACGUGGUUGUGGACGUGGACGAGGACGUCGACGUGGACGUCGUCGUGGACGUGGACGUGGACGUGGACGUAGACGUGGACGUGGAAGUGGACGUGGACAUGGACGUGGACAUGGAAGUGGACGUGGACGUGGACGUGGACAUGGACGUCGACAUGGACAAGGACGUGGACGUGGACGUGGACAUGGUCGUGGACGUGGACGUGGACGUGGACAUGGACGUGGACGUGGACGUGGACAUGGACGUGGACAUGGACGUGGACGUGGACGUGGACGUCGACGUGGACGUGAACAUGGACGUGGACGUAGACGUGGACAUGGACGUGGACAUGGACAUGGACGUGGACAUGGACAUGGACGUGGACGUGGACGUAGACGUGGACGUGGACGUGGACAUGGACAGGGACAUGGACGUGGACGUGGUCGUGGACGUGGACGUGGACGUGGUCGUGGACGUGGACGUGGACGUGGACGUCGACGUCGACGUGGACAUGGACGUGGACGUGGACGUAGACGUGGACGUGGAAAUGGACAUGGACGUGGACAUGGACGUGAAGUGGACGUGGACGUGGACAUGUGACGUGGACGUGGACGUGGACGUGGACAUGGACGUGGACAUGGACGUGGACGUGGACGUGGACAUGGACGUGGACAUGGACAUGGACGUGGACGUGGACGUGGACGUGGUCGUGGACGUGGACGUGGACGUGGACAUGGACGUGGACGUGGACGUGGACGUGGACGUGGACGUGGACAUGGACGUCGACGUGGACGUGGACGUGGACAUGGACGUCGACGUGGACGUGGACGUGGACAUGGAUGUGGACAUGGAAGUGGACGCGGACGUGGACGUUGACGUGGACGUGGACGUUGACGUGGACGUGGACGUGGACGUGGACAUGGACCUGGACGUGGACGUGGACAUGGACGUGGACAUGGACAUGGACGUGGACGUGGACGUGGACGUGGACGUGGAGAUGGACGUGGACAUGGACGUGGACGUGGACGUGGACGUGGACGUGGACAUGGACGUGGACGUCGACGUGGACGUCGACGUGGACAUGGACGUGGACGUGAAUGUGGACGUGGACGUGGACGUGGACAUGGACGUGGACGUAGACAUGGACGUGGACGUGGACGUGGACAUGGUCGUGUACAUGGACCUGGACGUGGACGUGGACGUGGACGUGGACAUGGACGUGGACGUGGACGUGGACAUGGACGUGGACGUGGACGUCGACGUCGACAUGGACGUGGACAUGGAUGUGGACGUGGACGUGGACGUGGACAUGGAUGUGGACGUGGACGUGGACAUGGACCUGGACGUGGACGUGGACCUGGACGUGGACAUGGACGUGGAUGUGGACGUGGACAUGGACGUGGACGUGGACGUGGAAGUGGACAUGGACGUGGACGUGGACAUGGACGUGGACGUGGACAAGGAUGCGGACGUGGACGAGGACGUGGACAUGGACGUGGACGUGGACAUGGUCGUGGACAUGGACCUGGACGUGGACGUGGACGUGGACAUGGACGUGGACGUGGACGUGGACGUGGACAUGGACGUGGACGUGGACGUGGACGUCGACGUGGACAUGGACGUGGACGUGGAUGUGGAUGUGGACGUGGACGUGGACGUGGACAUGGACGUGGAAGUGGACAUGGACGUGGACGAGGACGUGGACGUGGACAUGGUCGUGGACAUGGACCUGGACGUGGACGUGGACAUGGACGUGGACAUGGUCGUGGACGUGGACGUGGACGUGGAUGUGGACAUGGAUGUGGACGUGGACGUGGACGUGGACGUGGACAUGGUCGUGGACGUGGACGUGGAAGUGGACGUGGUCGUGGUCGUGGUCGUGGUCGUGGACAUGGACGUGGACGUGCACGUGAACGUGCACGUCGACAUGGACGUGGUCGUGGACGUGGACGUGGACGUAGACGUGGACGUGGACGAGGACGUGGACAUGGAUGUGGACAUGGAAGUGGACGUGGACGUGGACGUGGACAUGGACGUGGACAUAGACGUGGACGUGGACGUGGUCGUGGACGUGGACGUGAACGUAGACAUGGACGUGGACAUGGACGUGGACGUGGACAUGGACGUGGACAUGGACGUGGACGUGGACGUGGACAUGGACGUGGACGUGGACGUGGACGUGGACAUGGACGUGGACAUGGAAGUGGACGUGGACGUGGACGUGGACAUGGACGUGGACGUGGACGUGGACGUCGACGUGGACGUGAACAUAGACGUGGAGGUGGACGUGGACAUGGUCGUGUACAUGGACCUCGACGUGGACGUGGACGUGGACGUGGACAUGGACGUGGACAUGGACAUGGACGUGGACGUGGACGUCGACAUGGAUGUGGACAUGGAUGAUGUGGACGUGGACGUGGACGUGGACAUGGACGUGGACGUGGACAUGGUCGUGGACAUGGACGUGGACGUGGACGUGGACGUGGACAUGGACGUGGACGUGGACGUGGACGUGAACGUGGACGUGGACAUGGACGUGGACGUGGACAUGGACGUGGACGUGGACGUGGACGUGGACGUCGACUUGGACAUGGACGUGGAUGUGGACGUGGACGUGGACGUGGACAUGGACGUGGACGUGGACAUGGACGUGGACGAGGACGUGGACGUGGACAUGGUCGUGGACAUGGACCUGGACGUGGACGUGGACAUGGACGUGGACAUGGUCGUGGACGUGACCUGGACGUGGACGUGGACAUGGACGUGGACAUGGUCGUGGACGUGA